AUGGUGAGCGCAAUGGAUGACCAGCUGGCUGAUUGUCGCGAAGUAUUUUGUUACUUCGAUAGCAGGGGAGAUGAGAAAAUCAGUGUUCAGCAGGUAGGUGAUGUACUUCGAGCUCUCGGUCAGAACCCCACGGAAGCGGAAAUCAGCCGAUGUUGCGGAAAUUACGAGAAAGAGGCACGUCUUUCAUUCGAAGAUUUUGUUCCAAUCUUCCAAUCGAUCAGCAAGAAUCGUGAGAAGCACUCAGUCGAAGAAUUCGUCGAAGGUCUUUCGCAUUUUGAUAAGGAAGGGAAUGGUCUUAUCAAUGUAGCGGAACUGCGUCAUCUUCUCACAACUCUAGGUGAACGACUGUCGGAUGAAGAAGUUGAUCAACUUUUGGCUGGUCACAAUGAUUCACAUGGAAAUGUGAAUAUUGCCGAUUUCGUGCGCAAUGUAAUGAACUCCUAGAGGCUGUACUCAUGUCAGAUGGCAACUCUUAAUACAUCUCCUUAUCGACUAAUCCUUUGACGUUGUGGCUACCUUCGUCACAGUGAUUUAACCAGUAUUUUGUGCUUUCUAUCACUUGUCGCCAUUGGCUCUGUAUUAAUAUUAAUAAUAGGCAUGUUCACUUUUACCCAGCUGUUGUUUGCGAAACUUCGUAUUUAUUUUGCAGUAAAUGUUGGCCGUGUUGCUGAAUUUUGAACUAGC